AUGGAGUGCCUCGGUAUUCCUAUUGGCCAUCGACUGCGGCGAAUAAUUCGGGAAGUUCAGCCAAGCGACACGAACGGAGAAGACUCUGAUCACAUUCGAAUCCUCCACAAAUUCGGAACUUCUCUCAAAAUCGAGACCAGUGACUAUCUUACACCGUGUGAUUUGAGCUUCGGAAUCGAAAUGGCGCGACCUGAAUCCAAGGGUGGUAUUGUGGUUGUCUUACAGCAACCCCAUUCCUCGCAAGAUAACUCAAGCGGCUUCUUUGGCGGGUAA